ACUGGAGAAGCGGGCCUGUGAGUACAUCAUGAGGUUCAACAAGGCCAAGUGUAAGGUCCUGCACCUGAGUGGGGGCAAUCCCCAUUUUCAGUACACGAUGAGGGGUGAUGUGAUUGAGAGCAGCCCUGCAGAGAAGGACUUGGGGGUGCUGGUCAAAGCUCGACAUGAGCUGGCAACGUGCGCUCGCAGCCCAGAAGGCGAACCAUGUCCUGGGCUGCAUCAAAAGAAGCGUGGCCAGCAGGGAGAGGGAGGGGAUUCUGCCCCUCUAUUCCUCUCUUGUGAGACCUCAUCUGGAAUACUGUGUCCAGUUGUGGAAUCCUCAAUGUAAGAAGGAUAUGGAGAUGUUGGAACGGGUCCAGAGGAGGCUACAAAGAUGAUGGGAGGGCUGGAGCACCUUCCUUAUGAGGACAGGCUGAGAGAGUUGGGCUUGUUCAGCCUGGAGAAGAGAAGGCUCACAGAAGAUCUUAUAGUGACCUUCCAGUACCUGAAGGGGCUACAGGAAAGCUGGAGAGGGGCUAUUCGUAAAGGCUUGUGGGGAUAGGACAUGGGGGAACAUGUAUAAACUGGAGAGGGGCAGAUUUAGAGCAGACAUUAGGAAGAAUUUCUUCACUAUAGGAGUGGUCUGGCCCUGGCCCAGGUUGCCCAGGGAGGUUGUGACUGCCCCAUCCCUGGAGGUGUUCAAAACCAGGUUGGAUGGGCCUUGGGCAGCCUGAGCCAGUCGGAUGUCCCUGCCCAUGGCAGGGGGGUUGGAACUGGAUGAUCUUUAAGGUUCCUUCCAACCCUUACUAUUCUAUGAUUCGAUGAUUCUAUAUGUAUUACUCCAUAAUAAUCUGGGAUUUGCUCUUUUAGGACCUUUGGCCCUGGCUGAUGACCUCAACGCAAAACCACUCUCUGAAGGGAAGAAAGGCUUGAACAAAGAAUUUACUUCAAAUGCAUCCAAUGUUGCUGAUCAGCAGUUUAACCUUGAAGAUGCGAUUAAAAAUGUUGACAGAAUGUGCAAUGAGCUGAAGAAACUAAAUGUGGAAAGCCAGCUGCUGCUUUGCAACCUUAUUUUGAAUUUCAACCACCCUAUGAAGGCCAAAGAUUUAAGAGAAGCUGAAGAAAAAACUUGGAAUUUGACAGAUUAAGUAAUUACAUCCAUUUUCAUGCAUCAUCUUCUAUUAACACUGCUCAGUUUGAACUGUAAAACAGUAGUAUGGUCUCCUGCAGUUAGGCUAUUUUUAUUUUAAAUUGAAAAUGUGGAGUGGAAAAAUAUUUUAAGGGUGUUAUUGAUUUUGAGAGACUUUUUUAACGCCAGUUAUCCAAAUUAAGUCCAUUACUAACUAGAAGGGUCAGAAUACAGAGCAUGAAGGUGUUCACAUUUUGAUGUCUCCUUUUAAAAAAAACGUAUUAGAACAGGAAGAAAAGAUUUUCAAUUACUUCAAGUCAAAUCAUCAUUCUGUCAUCUCAGUUGUGCUCUGGAAAAUAGGGGGAAAAACAGUUGGUAAAGGAGGAACUGCAGCUUGUCAUUUGAUCUGCCUUCCUCAUUCUAAAAAUUUUGCUGAGGAAUGAGGCCAAAGAGCAGAUUGCUGCUGGAAAACUGAAAGUACUUUCAUUCUAGUUUCUGUAGUGACUUUCUGAGGCACCUAGCUAGGAAAGGAAGAGUUAGCUGUCUAAAUACUCUGUCCUGAAAUCUUCUUGGCCCAAAAUUGUAGUAGCCAGUAUUUUCAAGUAUUCAA